AUGAAUACAAACCAAAGAGGUCUCAGUUGGCUUUCGGAUUUGUCGAAUCAACCAAGCAAUAACACUUCAAUUCAAACCAAUGGAAACCUCAUAUCAUCAUCAUUAAAAACCUAUAGUCCUUCGAAUAAUACAAAUAAUCAUCUAAAUAAUUUUCAUCAUAAUUUAAACUCGAGUGAUUUAGUAAAUACAGGCAGUAGUAGCAGCAACAAUAACUCAGCAUUCGGAGAGGAUCUUGACGAUACAAAAUCAACAGUCAGUAACGAAAGUAAUUCGAGUAGAUUUAGUUCCAUCAGUGGACACUCUUCAACAAGAAAAGACAAUUUACAAAAAUUAUUAAUGACAACAACUUCAUCAAACCGUUACUCUGACAUGUCUCAGUCAUCAACAUCGAUAGAUAGCUCGGCUCUUUCUUGGGAUGAGAUGCAAAAUGUACUCAAGACUGGCUCAGCAGAGAAAGAAAUGGAACAGAUGAAAGAUAAAAUCGAACAACUUCAGAAGAAUAAUCUUACUCUUUCACAAUCUCUUUAUUCAACAAACAAGGAACAUUUACUCCUAAUGAAUACGUUGAAGGAGAAAAUUCAUGAAGUAUUUCCAAAUAUUCUUGUUGAAAAUCAAAAAUUAAAAGAUCAAGUGAAGGAUCUGACGAAUUAUGUAAUGAAUCUGGAGAAGCAAAUCGAAAAGCUAAGAUGUGAAAAUGAGCACUCUAAAUUAAUAUUGGAAAAUAAGAUAACAGAGCUGAGGAAGGAAAUUGAAGGAUUAAAAACCAAAACAUCCACAUCCAAUAAGAAUGACCGAAUCGAUGAGCUGAUUACUGCUAGUAUUAAACCAAUAGAACAAACCCUAAGAAAUAAUAAUAUAACCAUUAAGAGAUGCUCAGAUGACAGCUAUCAACUAGGUCAGUUUAAGUUGAAUGUAAAUUUGGAAAAGAAGGGUGAUAGUGAAAUAGUGCAGGUUCUUUUGAAAGAUAAGACAGUUCCUUUUGAUGACUUUUUAAAAACGUUUUGUAACAAGUUUGUAAUGAAAUAA